UCCCAUGGGCUGCUGAAUCAAAGUCUUAUUCAGAUCUUCAAAAAAUUCAAGAUUUGCAAAUUCAGUUCUUGAUUGUUACUACAGAUUUGAGGAGCAAUGGCAGUUAAAGGGAGACAUUCCCGAGUUGGGCCUCGAAAAUCCUCAAAUUCUACACUAAUCUUUGGUGGAUUUAUUUUGUUGUCAUUUGUGGGUCUCAUUUUUCUUGCUUUCCGAAUUAUCUCCAUUCCUAGUAGUUCAAAGGGUUCUCAGAAAGCACAUGAUCUUAGCUCUAUAGCAUACAACACUGUUCAAAGACAAGAUGAUGAUGACGAUGGAAAAAAAGAUCAGUGGGUUGAAUUCUUUAGAACCAAGAGCCUAUGUUUACCAUAACUUCUUGGUAUCUCUCUUAAAGAUUUCAUUAUUUGUUUUUUAAGCAGGCAUUUUAAUGGCAUUUUAAUAAGAAGAAGAAGGCAUUUUAAUGGUGAAGAAGAAGGCAUCAUUUGGUCUUUUAAUUUUAAGACUCAUUUAAUUGGGAUUGCUGACAUGGCCUCUUAUGUGGUAAUGUAAUGGGACACAGUGGACAGGCCUGGCCCACAACAUUGGCCACAAUGGACAAGGGUUAAAUAUAGGAGUAAAUAUUACAACUAUUCUAACGAUAGGGAUAUAAAUGGACUGAUAGUAUAACGAGAAGUAAAUAUGAACCAUUUCUCAAAGUAAAGGGACAAGUCAGGCCCUUUUCCCAUACACAUAUUACCAAUAUGUAAAACAGGUACAUAUAAAUUAAGAGUUUAAUUUGAUACACAUCGUCAAUGUAAAUUUGAUACACAUCGUCAAUGUAAAUAAU